AUGAUCUACCGUGGCACAAAUGGGUGUGAGGGAUGCUCAGAGUCUGUCCAAGCCUUGCUGGAAUCUGCUUACCCUGAUAUCAACAUCACUUUCGCUGGACCGGACGAGGAGGUCAAGAUCAAUGCGGACACACUUCGCGGUAUGGACAUGUUUGUUCAGCCGGGCGGUCCGGAUCUGGAUGAAGCGUGGGAAGAGGCAAAGCAGUAUGCCUCUGAUGUGCGCGACUUCGUUGCCAAUGGUGGCUGGUAUCUAGGGUUCUGCCUGGGAGCUUACCUUGCAGGUCCGACGAAAGGGUUCGAUCUUCUCUCUGAAGGAGUCAGAGUUACGCGAGAGAUCAAAAGGCCGCACAGUCAGGUGCGCAGUAUGAAGGACACUGUCAUUCAGGUGGACUGGUCUUUCACGACAGGAAAGAAUCGAGGCACGACCGAACGCAAACGAUGGCUAUAUUUCCAGGAUGGCGCAGCAUUCAUCUUGCCCAAUGGCUCAUCAACCACAGUGCUUGCACGCUACUCUCAUAAUCGUGAUGUAGCCUCGACUCUGAAUCCGUUCGGCAAAGGAUGGGUUGCAAACGUCGGCCCUCAUCCAGAGGCUGACCAAAGCUGGUAUGAACUUGUCAAUGUGAAGAAUCCAGACGGUAUUAGAACCGACGUUGGAGUCGAUUUUGUCAGAGCUGCAUUAAAUGCCGCUUCCAAAAACACCGCCGAUCCAAGAAUGGCCAGGUUGACAGCUUUGAGAGAUUUGAUUGCCGCAGGCAACUUAUAG